UAGUAGCCAAGGCUACAAGCUUACACGUCAUAUCCUACAACUUUGAAAUCUUAAAAGAUCGUAUUAGUUCUUUUUUAUCGUGCAUUCUUGUCUAAACUGACCUGCUAAUUAAAUAGAACAAACUAGAUUACAUUUCCAGAUAAGGAUAACCAGCAUGAAAUAGAAACUAACGUCAAUGUUUAAAGUACAAAGAGAAAGUUAAAGUACAGAAAAGUUUAAAAGAUAAAAAUCCGAUUUAUUUUCCAGAUUAUGCGUCUGCUUGAGGUGAAAUGGCAGGAACUGUGAAUCAUUCAAGAAUUAAAGUGGCAGUCAUCGGCGCCGGAGCAGCUGGCUUAUGUGCUGGGCGGCAUCUCAUCUCAGAACCUGAAAAGUUUCAGUUUGAUAUUUUCGAGCAGCAAGAUGAUGUUGGGGGUACAUGGCGUUAUUCUUCUCGAGUUGGUUCUGAUGAAUAUGGACUGCCGGUACAUUCAAGCAUGUACAAAAACUUAAGGACAAAUUUACCAAAGGAAGUUAUGGCUUUUCCAGAUUUCCCUUUCCCAGACUGCGACGGUCAGUCUUUUCUGCACCACACUGUCGUUCUCCAGUAUUUAGAAGAAUACACAAAACAAUACGGCUUGUACCCACAUAUAAAAUUUCAUACCUUAGUGGAAAAUGUAGAACCCGUGGAACACAGCAACGAUAAAGUUGAAUGGCUAGUUGAAAUUCGUGAUGUUGCUUCCAAUGAAAGAUCAAGAUUUGUGUAUGAUGCUGUAAUGGUCUGCAAUGGCCACUAUUCUGUGCCUUAUAUUCCCAAAAUUCCUGGACUCGAUACCUUCAAUGGUCUAUUGAUGCACAGCCAUGAUUAUCGGGAAGAGUCUAAAUUUCAAAAUCUGAAAGUUGUUGUCUUAGGAGCUGGGGCAUCAGGAAUUGAUAUUGCUAUCGAAAUUUCUAACGUGGCUAAAGAGGUUGUCCUCAGCCACAAUACGCCACCCAAGACUUGUCGUUUACCUUCUAAUAUGACUCAAGAAAAAGGAAUAGAAUCUGUGCAAAAGUCAUCCGUCACUUUCAUAGGAGGCAAGAUGUAUCAGUGUGAUGCUAUCCUUAUUUGUACUGGGUAUUUAUACACAUACCCAUUCUUUCACCCAAAAUGCAAAAUUGAGAUCGGAGACCAGAAAGUAUCCCCACUCUACCUGCACCUAUUUCACAUUGAUUAUCCAACUUUAGCAAUAUGGGCUGUUCCGAAACUGAUAAUACCUUUCCCGAUUUAUGACCAACAAGUCAAAGUGUUCUUGAAGUUUUUGAAAGGGUUCGUGAAACUUCCAAGCAAAGAAGAAAUGAGAGCCGAGGCUGAAAGAGAUUUCUUAAAGCGACUCGAAAGUGGUUUCAAACCGAGGCAUGCUCAUGUUAUGCCUGGUGACCUUCAGUGGGAAUACGAUGACAAGUUGAGCGAGUUGGGUAAAAUAAAACCAAUACCCGAUGCCGUGCGAAACUUGUUCAAACACGUUCAUUUCAUGAGGACUCAAGAUGUUUUAAACUAUAAGAAUGUGAAUUAUAGUAUACUUGAUGAGAAAACAUUUUUAAAAAUUGAGUGAAUAGAUAGUUAUUUAUACCAAAAAGGAUAAAAAAUGUGAGUUUAAUAUAUGUACACACAUGCACGAAUGAUACUAAUGAAAUAUGCACAAAUUGGAUUGCAAACAUCGGGAAAAAUCAUUUUUUAUAGCCUUUCCAUAAUUUUUUUGACUAGAUUCACUAAUGGUCAAUUGAGAACAAAUACAGACAUCGCAGAUUUAGGGAACUCUCAGUUUCCACUAACUGUUUGUGUAGUCAUUUGAUUCUGGACUAUCUUUUUAACAUAUAACGCUAACAUAUUUGUUAAGCGGCUUAAAUAAAAUUUCAGUUUUUAGAACUAUGCAUUUCAUUCGAUGCAUUCCUAGAUAUGGGAUCGAUUCGAUUCAUUUUUAGAACAAGGAUGACACUCAUAAACGGACGUGACUGAAUUGAACAUAAUGUUAUUGCUGGCUAAAGCAAUUCCAGAGGCACAGUAUUGGUUCACAUGUUUUUCUCAUCAGUGCGAUGUGCACCCGACAGUUUAAUAUAUUUUACAUAUUUUGAAACAAUGAAAUAAAGCAGAGCGAGAAGCGCAAGUUGCCAACAGAAAGCGAAGCGGAAAAAAAGGAUACGCAAUAGCAAAGUGCUAGAUAUGUAAAAUAUUUCUUUAAUCUGAUUUAGCUGAGACUUGUCGCACUGCAGCUUGAUUACAUAAGAGACAUAAAAAGUAUUAAUUUUCAGGUGACGCACUUUACAUUCAUGUAUUAGUAUUUUUAAGAUAGGAAGGGGAAGUAGCCAAAAUAAAGUUGUAAUUUUAUGUUCCCCAGUUUUUAAGUUCUUUAUUUCAAAAUUGUAUAUAUUAGGAAAACAAGAAGAAGCAGUAAAAUAAAUAUGCGCAAGAAACGAUACGAAUUCAAAACAACAAAUAUAAAAUCUAAUCGAUGCAUAAGCUUAAAAUCUUUCAAAAUUAUUAUUAGCAUUGAUCAUAUUUGAUUUUGAUUUCCCAGAUACGUUUCCUAGUUAUGGCAGUUUGAUUCGAAUAAAGCAUUCUUGACAAAAACACGGCCGAUUAAAGCGGCAGUCGGAUGAAUGGAUUCUAUAAUAUACCUACUUAUACUAUCUCUUUUUAUAUGUGAAACGAGUUUAAUAUGCGAAUUCCUGCUAAUUUCUCGAAUGAAAUUGCAUUAAUUUGGUUUUUAUUUGUUUUCCAGGGCAAUAUUUAUUUUCCAUCUUUAUACGUUUGUAUUUAUAUCAGUUUAUGUCAUUUUUAGGAGAACUUUAUGUUUAUUGUUUCACAUGUUGUUUUUAACUUAUAAAAAGAUAUGUGAAAAAUAAAAAAUACGAGAUGGUAUACAGAAGCAACAGGAGGCUUAUUAAUGAUAAAGUAUAACUUAUUGUAACUUUGCAUUUAAAAAUUAUAUGGUAAAUAAAAUAUAUAUUCUGAUUAAGAUAAUCAAUUAAACAGCGUAAGAAUCUGAAACUGCAGUAAACAUCUGGAAUUUAGAUAAUACUUAAAAUUUUGCCAUGCAUCGGAUACAUUUUAUAAAUUUUUUGUCUGAUGUUUUUAAAUAUUUAACAGUAUUAAAAUAUUAAUAAAACUGUUGCAAUAAAAUAUUUUAUGUUUAGAA